GCCCCGGCCCCGCAGUUCGAGCGGCGAGAGCGCUUGUCGACGCGACGCCGGGGCCGAGGGGAGCGAGCCGGCGCUUCAGUGUCCUUCCCCUCCCCACCCGUCGCCUGGCCGCCUUCUCGCCGCGGCCGGACCGGAAUUAUGUGAUCCCGGAAGUUCCGGCGCCAUUGCUGUGUGGGAUAAACAGUAAUGGCGGAGGCUGCAGCUCCCGGAACAACAGCCACACCAUCAGGAGCAGCAGCGGCGGCGGCGGCAGCGGCCUCCCCCACCCCUAUCCCCGCAGUCACCUCGCUGUCCCCGGGGGCGGGGGGCGGGGGAGGCGGCAGCGACGGCGGCGGCGGCGGCGGCUGACGGCGCGCGCGGGGAGAAAGGUAUUUCAUGCAUGGGGUUUGUAAGGAAGGAGAUAACUGUCGCUACUCACACGACCUCUCUGACAGUCCAUAUGGUGUAGUGUGCAAGUAUUUUCAACGAGGGUAUUGUAUUUAUGGAGACCGCUGCAGAUAUGAACAUAGCAAGCCGCUGAAACAGGAAGAAGCAACUGCGACAGAUCUAACUGCAAAGUCAUCCCUUGCUGCUUCCUCGAGUCUCUCAUCAGUUGGACCGACUGUUGAUAUGAAUAUGGGCGAAGCUGAGUCAAGAAAUUCAAACUUUGCAACAGCUGAAGCCCCGCUGCAGGGCUCAGUGACCAGGGAAGACGCAGAGAAGGAGCAAAGCGCAGUGGAGACCAAGAAGCAGCUCUGCCCCUAUGCUGCGGUGGGGGAGUGCCGCUACGGGGAGAACUGCGCGUAUCUGCACGGGGACGCAUGUGACAUGUGCGGGCUGCAGGUCCUCCAUCCCGUGGAUGCCGCCCAGAGGUCACAGCAUAUAAAAUCCUGCAUCGAGGCCCACGAGAAGGACAUGGAGCUCUCGUUCGCGGUGCAGCGCAGCAAGGACAUGGUGUGUGGCAUCUGCAUGGAGGUGGUCUAUGAGAAAGCCAGCCCCAGCGAGCGCCGCUUCGGGAUUCUUUCCAACUGCAACCACACCUACUGUCUCAAGUGUAUUCGCAAGUGGAGGAGUGCUAAGCAAUUUGAGAGCAAGAUCAUAAAGUCCUGCCCAGAAUGCCGGAUCACAUCUAACUUUGUCAUUCCAAGUGAGUACUGGGUGGAGGAGAAAGAAGAGAAGCAGAAACUCAUUCAGAAAUACAAGGAGGCAAUGAGCAACAAGGCAUGCAGGUAUUUUGAUGAAGGCCGUGGGAGCUGCCCAUUUGGAGGGAACUGUUUUUACAAGCAUGCGUACCCUGAUGGCCGUAGAGAGGAGCCACAGAGACAGAAAGUGGGAACAUCAAGCAGAUACCGGGCCCAACGAAGGAACCACUUCUGGGAGCUCAUCGAGGAACGCGAGAACAGCAACCCUUUUGACGACGAAGAGGAGGUUGUCACCUUUGAGCUGGGCGAGAUGUUGCUUAUGCUUUUGGCUGCAGGUGGGGACGACGACCUGACAGACUCUGAAGACGAGUGGGACUUGUUUCACGAUGAGCUGGAAGAUUUUUAUGACUUGGAUCUAUAGCAGCUCGGCGGGGCGUGUGAACUGGUCUGCCGAGCCUAAGACGGCAGUGGGCCUCGGGGGGUGGCGGCCGUGCCCAGGCCGCUCUCCUAGGCAGGCCUCUCAACUCCAGGUGCUGUCGUAAUCAUUUUUACCCAGGGCCUGUCUUCUCACCCCCUCACCUUUCCCCAAGGAGUAUGUUGUUUUCUCUGUUUGAAAAAGUUACAAAAAUAAAUCUGAAAGUUAGUUUUUUUGUAACAUGAAUUUAACUGUCAGACAGUUAGUGUAGGUUUGUCGCGUCACGUUUUACCACCAGAUCCACACAGUUCGAGGGGAGCAUACCUGGAUUUCCAGGACUUAUUUUGGAGGGCCCCAGGUUCAGAAGUACCCACACUGGCCCCUGCUUUGGGGGUCCAGGAAGCGGGGUGAUGGGUGAAGGAUCUGAACUGUAGCAAGUAGCCUCCUCCUGCUGUAGACUUGGGAGGCGGGUACUUGGUUUCUGGUAAAACCUGCACAUGUGUGUUUUUCUGUCUGGUCCCUGUCCUUCAUCCCCGCCCUGUGCACUCGGCCUGUGGUUUUGGUCUUUGUCUCAUUGCACACAAGUAAUAAUACUACUGGGUAACCAGAACCAGGUGUGAAUGUAUUUGAGGUUUUUACCGUCUUUAGCGUGAUAGGAAAAUUGUGAAAGAACACAUAUAAAGAGAUGGGAGUGGAAGAAAAUAAUUUAGAGUUGGAAGCUGACUCCCCAAGGCUCAUGGACUUGGGAUAUGUGAGUGUGAGUGUGUGACAAGCUUCCCAUCCCUGCAUAGAUGCAGUGUUUGUAGCCUUAGCAAAAAAACUUGGUUUAGUGGUUUCAGCCUCGUGUGGCAAAUAGAUCUUAAAGGACAAAGCAGUUUAUUGGUAGCUGUUAAUAGAGCAGUGAUAGCUCUGUCUGUAUAAAUAGAGAAAUGGGCUUAGCCAUAGAAGUGCAAACUUUCUGGUUAUCCCAUGUAUUAACACAACCUAGGGCAUGGGUCCACAGUUGUGUUUAAUGUUGUAUGAUCUCCUAGACUUCUCAGUCCAGGCACUUUCUGACAAACCUUUGUCCUCAUUUGAGGCGUUUUUGGUCAGGUUUUUGUGUUCCUUUUUUGUGGGUAUUUGCCUCAUUCCAUCCCCGAGCUUUGCAGCUAGACAGUGGGAUUCAAAACUACGUUCUGAGCUGUUUCCUGUAUAAUGGAGUCAUUGGUUGGCAGUAUAGUAAGUCAGGCUUUUCCACUAAAAGGGGAAACAGAGGGUGGUUUCCACAAGAUAAGCUAAUGUUAAAUUGUUAGAAGAAUUCCUCGAUCGGAAAUUUUAGCUUUGCGUUUUGUUGCUAUUUCCUGAAAAUAACUUGGAGUUGCCCCGGAUAUGUCCAUCGACUGCUCUGAUGCCUCGGAUAUCACUCGUUCUUUUCACUUAAAGAAAAAAAGAUAAAAACAAAACAGUAAUUGUUGCAGAGGUCUCUGUAUUUUGCAGCUUCCCUUUUGUAAGACGCACUUUUCCCAAAUAAAACAAUUUUUAAAACCCA